AUGCCCGCGCCGACCGCUCCCCCUGCGGCCAAGCCGAGCCCGCCCACGCCGCCAGAGGGUCUCCCGGCGUCGCUGUCCUCGAGCCCCAAGCCCACGCCGCCGCAGCCGCUCGUCACCGAGCCCGCGGAAGGCGCAGUGGCGUACGCGUCGCCCACGACCGCGACGUCGUCCGCCGCCGCCGCCGCGGCCAGUGGCGUCAACAAGGCCUCUGCUGCUGCCGCCGACGAGGUAGGCGCCGAGGCGGACGUCGCGCCGCCCGACGCAUGCUUCAUGCUCGACGUGGUCAACACGCACGCGCACCGGCGCAAGGAGAAGCGGCGCAAGACGUGGCCUCCGUCGCCAGCAGGCGGCAAGCCCGCCGUGCCGGCCAUCACGCCGCUGAGCGCCGGCAAGCCGGGCACGGCAACCCCGGAGUCGGAGUACGAGUACGUGCCUGUGCUCGCGCAGACCGAGUCCGAGCUCGCGCAGAAGGCAGAAGCGCGCGCGCUCCUGCCCGGCAGCUUCCGCCUGGCGCCGAUCAAGCUGGUCUUCCAGGACCUGGGCACGUUCGGGCGCAACGCGGCCCUCCUGCGCGUCGUCGAGAGCCCGCAGCUGCCGUACAAGUGGCCCAAGGUCGGCUGGAGCUCGACGCUCGGCUCGUGGGCCAUGGUGGGCGCGAGCGUGCCGCUCACGCUGCUGGCGGCCGCGGGCGCCGUGGCCUGCCUCCCUGCCAUUGCUGGCCUGUACGCGUUCGCGUGGACCGCCGAAAAGGUGCAGGGUGCGCCGGUGCGCCAGAGCAAGCGCCUCGACGACGGGCAGGACGUGCCGGGGCACGAGCGCGAGAAGUGGUUCUUCGUGAAUGGGAUCGCCACCCCGCCGAACCAGGCGCAGAUCAGCGUCGACUUCCUGCACACGCUCACCGGCCGUCCCGUGACCGCGCUGCUGAACCGCACGCUCGGCGUGUGGUUCGACCUCUGGGAGUGCCUGCUGCAGCGCGACUUGCACCAGGCGACGGCGGACAUUCGCGACGGGUACAGGCCCCUCGUCGAGGCGAUCAAGGACCCCAAGUACGACCGCAUCGUCCUCAUCGGGCACUCGCAGGGCGGCAUCAUCGUGUCCGCGUGGGCCGACCAGCUGCUGGCCGACUUUGGCGAGACCGAGCUGUCCAAGGUCGAGGUGUACACUUUCGCCUCGGCGGCCAACCACUUCUCGCGCGCAGGCAGGAGCAUGGAGGGGCUCGAGGAGGACACGAGCGGGCCGUGGGCGCACGUCGAGCACUUUGCCAACUGGCAGGACUUUGUCGCGCAGUUCGGCGUGCUGAGCCACCUCCCUCCUGGGGCCACGGCGGCGCUCGGCGCACAGGGGUUCCGACAGGAGGGCGAGCCGCGUACCAUGUACGGCCAGUUCGCGGGGCGGAUCUUUGUCCGACCAAACUCGGGCCACAAUCUGCUGAUGCACUACCUCUACCCCGGCGACUCGAUCCUCGACGUCCCCAUCGUCAAGGACAACAGCAACUUUGCAAAGUACGUCGGCGGCGGCAACCUCCUCCCGCCCAAGAAGGCGCAAUCGGUCCCAAGCUAGCAGGCAGCACUCCUCCCAUAAUACUUUCUUCUGCCCCGCUCCGCCCCGCACACCUCGCACACCCGCACACGCCCUCUCGUUCAAUGAUGACAUGCGCAUUACAAGCAAUGGC